AACUUGCGCGCUUUGAUGUAUGGCCUUCCAGCCACUCCACGUCACGCCGUUCGACGCAUCGCUGGUCGUAUAGUGCCUGCCAUCGCAACUACAACUGCAACUGUCGCUGGUUUGGUGUGUAUCGAGCUAGUCAAAUAUGUUUGCGCUGCUCGCGAUUUUCGACCUCCAUCCAGUUCGCUAUCUCUGUGUGCCCGCAACGCGUUUCUCAAUUUGGCAUUACCAGUUAUUCUCCUCAGUGAGCCGGCUCCCUGUGCUCACCACCGUUUGCCCAACGGAAUGACGUUCACUCUUUGGGAUCGUUGGACUUUGUCUUGUCCCAUGGAGGUGGAAAAGUUCUCCCUAUCUGACCUCCUGGACGAAAUUAAACGACGUUAUGCUCUCGAAGCCACUGUGAUCACGCAAGGUAAUCGAAUGGUCUACGUUAACUAUCUACCGACGCAUCGGCCGCGAUUAAAAAAACCUCGCGUCUUCAUGUCCCCGAAUUACGGGUCAAUUGUUGCAUGGUGCUGUCCAUGGGGAACCUCCGUACGUUGGUCGCCAAGCUCAUCACUUGCACCGGAAUCGGUUUCAACAAGUGGCUGA